GCUGCGCUCAUGAACAAUCUUCGCUGCUACAUGUUGUUGUGUUGUUUUAUCUGUUUGCAUUGUAGGUUUCUGCGUUGUAUCUUUCAGACCUGACGUCUAAAUAGAGCACCCACAUUGAAUUCGACAUACUGUACAGUGUGCGAAGACACAUGCUUUAAAUAUAUCACGUGUUGACAGUGGACAGGACAACAAAUAAAUGGUCCAGAUGUCUCUAUUUUAUAGGCGUUUCAUGGUUGCAUCCUGCAAACCGACUUUAUGGGUAUGGAGAGAUGUUGAUCCUGACCAAAGCUCCAGAAUGCUGAGCCAAUGUUGGAGGAAGUUGUGGCCUUCAGAAAGAACCUAUACUGGCUCAAUUCCUUCAAGCCCUGAUUCUGAUCUCAGAAAUGUGGAGAUGUCAACUCAAAGUGAGAAAGACUUUCACACUCCUGUUAUGGUGAAAGAGGUACUGCAGUGUUUGGACAUUCAACCAGGACAGGUUGUCCUGGACUUGACCUUUGGGUCUGGAGGCCACUCGAAGGCCAUUCUACAGUCAGCGCCUGGUGUAACAGUGGUGGCUGCAGAUCGUGACCCCUUGGCGUUCCAACUGGCUCAGUGUUUAUCUCAAGAAUACCCGGGCCAGGUAAAGCCAGUGCUCGGGAGGUUCAGUGAGCUGAAUAACCUGCUCCCAACAUUGGGUUUGGGACCGAGAGAUGUGGAUGCUGUCCUUCUGGAUGCUGGUUGCUCCUCCAUGCAGAUGGACUUAGCAGAGAGAGGCUUCUCCCUCAGCAAGGAUGGACCACUAGACAUGAGGAUGGAUGGAGACAGGUACCCCAACAUGCCCUGCGCGGCUGACGUGGUCAACGCCUUAGAUCAACAGGCGCUUGCGUCUGUGCUGGCCGCGUACGGGGAGGAGCGGCACACCAAGAAAAUUGCUGCGGCCAUCGUACAGGCACGAAGUGUAUACCCCAUCGGCCGGACCAUGCAACUGGCCAGCAUUGUAGCAGGAGCGUUUCCAGCCAGUGCACUGUAUGCCCGGCGUGACCGACUGCAGCGGCCAUCACACGUGGCCACCAAAACCUUCCAGGCCUUACGGAUGUUUGUGAAUGAUGAGCUAAACGAGCUGCACACUGGCUUGCGUGUGGCACAGACUGUUCUCCGUCCCAAGGGGCGACUCUGUGUUCUUACCUUCCACUCCUUGGAGGACCGGCUGACCAAGCGCUUCCUCCGUGGAGAGGACUUGGCUGCCCCGCCACACCGUAGCAUUCGCCAGCGAGCCAAAGCCCAACAUGGAGUAGAAGAAGAGGAGAAAGAAGAUGAGGAAGAGUAUGAAGAAGAGGAGAGGGGACGAGAGAGCGCCCAUUGGGUUAGUCUGCAGAAGAAGGUGAUGAAGCCAAGUGAGGAAGAGUUGCAGGAGAACCCAAGAGCACGAUCAGCUAAACUCAGAACAGCCAUAAGACGAUAGAGGUGAUCCAAUUUCAAACAGUGUGGAAAAAAACUGAUCAGAGAUUUAUUAAACAUUCUAGUGUAAAAUAAACAAUAGAAUUCCAGAAUUUGUGUUUUGUAACAGUUGAAGAGUGCAGAUAAAUUGCACUGAAAUCCAGAAACUGCCUGACUGAACGGCAUGAACUCACAUGACAAACUCAAUUUUAUGUCAGGUUGGGGGUGCUCAUGGUUGAAUCCAUCUUGUUCCUACUGAGCCUUUGCCUCCCCAUUACACUAAUAAUUAUACCAUACAACAUAACUGGUUCUGUGACUUCAGCGCAAAGCCAAAUUCAGGAUCACUUCACACAUGGGUUCUAUCCAACUCUCACCUUUUCCCUGACUCAUUUACGCUGCACUCAUGCCUAUAGGGCAAAGUCUGGCUGCUUCCUAUGAAGUUUCUAAAGUUUCUAUUAACAGCUAGAAUAAGAUUCUUCAGUUAUAACACACUGAUCCUUCUUUAUAGACGAACAAUCUUCAAUGUGACAAGAGGCCAGGAGAAUUUUCACGGGUGGAAAAUUAAAAAAUUUACAUAAAACCUUUGACACAAUUAAUGAGUAUAGCUUCACAUCACUGCAGUAAGUGUUGGGGUGCAAACGUGGGUGUGUGUAGAGCCCACAUGUAAGUUGGCAGUGCAGCAUGUGACAGAGAGAGACAGAAAGAAAGAGACAAAAAGAUUGCGUCUCUAUUUAUUGGCCUCUCUCCCUUUGUUGAGCUUGUUGGGUGAGUCACACACCUGCAGGACUUGGGUGGGAUUCAGCUACCAUGGUAAUACUCAGUGCCUUGUGUACUGUACUCUGUUCGUUGAGUUGCUUGAUUCACAUGCAUAUUCCCAAUUAGUCCCUGUUUUUAACACCCAAUUAUAUUGGUUCACCCUGAAUGAGAAUUAAUGCAGCUAUUCAGCCAUAAAUAAUAUUGAAUAAAUUGUUCAAUGAAACUGUUCAAUUUCAUGCCUUUUCUUGGCAAAUCAUCUUACAGAUAUACAUUAACACAUACAUGUAAAAAUGUUCUUAUAAUUAGGGAUGUAGAUUUAACAUGUUAAUACAGUGCAAUUAAUUAUAUAUUAAAAAAAUAAAGCAUUAAAAAAUGUAUGCAAUUAAUCAUGUCCCCAGGCCCGGACUGUAUCAAAGAAUAUUCCUACUUUUGGAACAAUUCAAGCUUGAAGUACCACCUGUUUUCAUGGUUUCAGCAGGGGGCAGUAAGCAAAUCUCCAGCUGUAUAGACAACAAGCUUGACAGAAAAACAAACCACACUCAGGCUUGUUUGACACUAGCAACAGCACAAGAUGAGAACACUUUCUUGCGUUCAAACACAACUGGACGGAGUGCAAUUCCAAAUGCAGGGUUCUUAAGAAGUAUUUUUUGACAUUUCAAACUACGUUUAACUUAACACAGUAACCUAAAAAUGCUGUUUAUGAUGCAAUGCAACCUAAGCGAGACACUUCAAAAGUGUCCAAUAAUAUGGAAAUAAACAAUAUAUUGCCUUCUAAAGCCAUUUUAUGUAUUGUCCUAAUAAUGCUUUACUGGUCUGCCACAAUAAUGCAAUGCAUUUUAAUUAUCUGAAUUAUUACAUUUAUAAUUAUUUAAAUAUAACUAUUUAUAAUUAUUUAAAUAUUAUAUAUUGAAUUAUUGUUAUUUGAGGGGCUUUAUCGGCAAAUAUAUAUAUACGACUAAUUGUGAUAAUUCAGUUAUUUAAUCGGCAUAUCAUGUAUUUAAUUUAAUAAAAAAAAAUAAUUGAUUGGUAGCCCUAAAUAUAAUUUAAUUCUUUGCCUAUGGCAUAACAGAUACACAUUAAAUACAAUUUCUUUCAGCUUUAGGUUCAUUAUUGAUUAUUUUCCAAGAAAAUGCUUUUCAAUCACACAUAAUUGUAGCCAGGGAAAGUAGCUUUAGUCUAGGUUCAGAGUUUAAAGAGGAUAGACUGUAGCCAGUGCUGCCUCCAACUGGUCAAGAUUUAUAAACAAUGCACAAACAAAAAACAAGAGCCUGUUAUCUUGUACUCCACCAAGUUCCAAAUAAUCCUUUAUUUAAAGGGCUUCUCGAAAGAAAAAUUAAAUAAAAAGGCCACAUUGCAUUAGUUUGGAUUGUUCAGCUUGGCAUGAAUCAGCACAGAGACUUUAAAUACUCUGUGACUCAAACAUGUCAGAAAGUUUUUUUUUAAUGUGUGUUUUUAUUUUUUAUUCAUUGUGUCUGCAUCUUACUUACUUCCCCCCCAUCUCUAGCUCUCCUGCACAAUCUUAUUCUGUUGGCUCUAAAUAUACACCUCCCUGUCGUUACCUUGGAAACUAAAUGGCACAUGUAACAUUGAAUUUAAUGGUGUUUAAGUGUGUUUGCUAUUCUAAUAAUGGUGUGAUCAGCCAGAGCCUCUGCUCUGCCUUGGACACCUUUUCCUCCCUCUCUACUCUUGCUGACGUCACAGCUACUCUCACAAGCUGCCUGCAUGCUAAUAUGUGUCGGAUGUGAAGCCUUGAUCCUGCUGUGAGAUGAGAGUGUUGGAAAGAUGUUAUGUGAUGAUCAGAGGAGCAAGAUUUCAGAUAGCAGCACUGGAAUUCUGAUUACUUGCAUUCAAAUUAAUUGUUACUUUAUAAAGCUGUUAUAAAAUGAAACAUGCUGCCUGCAUUGACAAAUGUUUCUCACAGCCACCCUAAGCUAUGAAGUUGUAAUUGUGAAAACACAAUGAAUGCACAUUCUUCACAGUCACUGUAAAAAUACAUAAAUG